UCGCGGGCGCGCGCGGCCAAUGAGCGCCCGGCCCGGGGAGGGAGGGGGCGCGCGCGCCUGAGUAGGAGCCGCUCCCCGCGGCGCUCCCACCUCCUCCCCCCGCGGCGCUCAGCCUAUCCCGGCCGCGCUCCGCUCCGCUCCCCGCUGUCGGGCGGGGAGGGCGGCCGGAGCCCGGGGGAGGGGAGGCGCAAGGACAUGGGCUGGUUCUGAGCGCCUGGGGAGGGAAGCCGUCGUGCGUGUGCCUCCCUAGAUUUUAAUAACUGUUUGUUGUUGGGCGGUGUAGGUUUGGGGUUUUCUGCCCCAACCUCCGCCUCCACCUCCCACCCCGUCUUCCAAGAAGGCGGAGGGGAGAGCGGCAGACCCCAGCGCGCCUGCAUGGCUCCUGUGCCCCGGAGCGCCCCUGGAAAAUAGAAGCCGUCUCGGGCCAGGUGACAUCCCCCCGCCGCCGCGCUCGCACUCACGGGAGCGGCAGGGGCGGCGGAGCCGCCCGUGAGGACAUGGAGGGAGCCUCGGGGGAAGCGGAGCUGCCGCUCCUCACGGUGAAGCACGAGCUGAGGAACGCAAAUUUGACAGGCCAUGCAGAGAAAGUUGGCAUUGAAAACUUUGAGCUCCUGAAAGUUCUUGGAACAGGGGCCUAUGGAAAAGUAUUCCUAGUGAGGAAAGUAAGUGGCCAUGACGCUGGGAAACUGUAUGCCAUGAAAGUAUUGAAGAAAGCAACAAUAGUUCAAAAAGCCAAAACAACUGAGCACACGAGGACAGAACGACAAGUCCUGGAGCACAUUAGGCAAUCACCGUUCUUGGUCACCUUACAUUAUGCCUUCCAGACAGAUACAAAGCUUCAUCUCAUUUUGGACUAUAUAAACGGAGGAGAAUUGUUUACUCAUCUUUCACACAGAGAGAGAUUCUCAGAAAAUGAGGUGCAAAUUUACAUUGGAGAAAUCGUUUUGGCACUUGAACAUCUGCACAAGUUGGGGAUUAUAUAUCGGGAUAUAAAACUUGAGAAUAUUCUCCUUGAUUCUGAUGGCCAUGUGGUGCUGACAGACUUUGGUCUAAGUAAGGAGUUUCUUACUGAUGAGAAUGAGAGAGCAUAUUCCUUUUGUGGAACAAUAGAAUAUAUGGCUCCAGAUAUUGUAAGAGGGGGAGAUGCAGGACAUGAUAAGGCUGUUGAUUGGUGGAGUGUUGGUGUUCUUAUGUAUGAAUUAUUAACUGGAGCAUCACCAUUUACAGUCGAUGGAGAGAAGAAUUCCCAAGCAGAGAUUUCUAGGAGAAUAUUAAAAAGUGAGCCACCUUAUCCACAAGAAAUGAGUGCUCUGUCUAAGGAUAUAAUUCAGCGUCUUUUAAUGAAAGACCCCAAGAAGAGGCUUGGUUGUGGUCCCACUGAUGCUGAUGAAAUCAAACAGCAUCCCUUUUUCCAGAAUAUGAAUUGGGAGGACUUAGCUGCCAAAAAAAUACCAGCUCCAUUUAAACCAGUAAUCAGAGAUGAAUUGGAUGUCAGUAAUUUUGCAGAAGAGUUUACAGAAAUGGAUCCAACAUACUCUCCUGCAGCAACCCCUCAGACUUCUGAAAGAAUAUUUCAGGGAUAUUCUUUCGUUGCACCAUCUAUUUUGUUUAAACGCAAUGCAGCUACAGUAGAUCCCUUCCAGUUUUAUGUGGGGGAUGAGAGACCUGGAAUGACAACUAUUGCCAGAAGUGCUAUGUUGAAGGACUCUCCAUUUUAUCAUCAUUAUGAACUGGAUCUGAAAGAGAAACCAUUGGGAGAAGGAAGUUUUUCCAUUUGUCGAAAAUGCUUACACAAGAAAACUAGCCAAGAGUAUGCAGUAAAAAUAAUUAGCAAAAGAAUGGAAGCCAACACCCAGAGAGAAAUAACAGCUCUGAGGCUCUGCGAGGGACAUCCGAAUGUAGUGAAGUUACAUGAGGUUUUUCAUGACCAGCUUCACACAUUCCUGGUAAUGGAAUUGCUGAAGGGAGGAGAAUUGCUUGAACGUAUUCAGAAGAAGAAACAUUUUAGUGAGACGGAAGCUAGUCACAUUAUGCGCAGACUUGUUUCAGCAGUGAGCCAUAUGCAUGAUGUGGGAGUAGUCCACAGAGAUCUGAAACCUGAGAAUUUACUAUUUACAGAUGAAACUGAUAAUUCAGAAAUAAAAAUAAUUGAUUUUGGCUUUGCUCGUUUAAAACCACCUGAUAAUCAGCCUCUUAAGACUCCGUGUUUUACCCUUCAUUAUGCUGCCCCAGAGCUCUUGAAUCACAAUGGUUAUGAUGAGUCUUGUGAUCUGUGGAGUUUGGGGGUCAUUUUGUACACGAUGCUGUCAGGGCAGGUACCAUUUCAGUCUCAAGACAGAAGUUUAACAUGUACCAGUGCGUUGGAAAUUAUGAAGAAAAUAAAAAAAGGAGAAUUUUCCUUUGAAGGAGAGGCUUGGAAAAAUGUUUCUGAAGAGGCUAAAGAGCUAAUUCGAGGACUUCUCACAGUGGAUCCAAACAAAAGGAUUAAAAUGUCCAGCCUGAGAUACAACGAGUGGCUUCAGGAUGGCAGCCAGCUCUCAUCCAACCCUCUAAUGACACCUGAUAACUUGGGCUCUUCAGGAGCUGCAGUGCACACAUAUGUCAAAGCCACUUUCCAUGCCUUUAACAAGUACAAAAGGGAAGGAUUUUGUCUCCAGAAUGUGGACAAGGCGCCUCUUGCAAAAAGAAGGAAAAUGAAAAAAACAAGUACAAGCACAGAGACACGUAGCAGCUCCAGUGAAAGUUCCCAUUCUUCUUCCUCUCAUUCUCAUGGUAAAACUACCCCCACAAAGACAUUGCAGCCCACAAACCCUACAGACAGCAAUAACCCAGAAACCAUCUUCCAGUUCUCCGACUGAGCAGCAGAAUGUCCCGUCUCGAGGAGUUAAAUGGUUACAGACUUGGCAGUACCUGUGUUGUCUUCUCCUGCCCUUCCUCCUGUGGCUUACAGGCUGCCACAGGAAGACUUCUGUUGCUUUAGAAAUGUAUUUUAGUCAUACCUUUUUAGCUCUGUAUUUCCAUACAUUUCCUUCUAGCGUUGUAUGGUAUCACUGGAUAUAGUGUAAUACUGUUAUACAGCCAGCAUUGUAUUCUCUGAGGGCUACCUUACUGGUGUGCAGCCAAGCUCCAGGUAAGUGGCUGUGCUGCUCAUGGUACUGCUUGGAAGAAGACUGUUCCUCAGUGUCACAAUCUUCCUCCCAGUUCCUUCCCUACUGCUCAAAGAACGGAAAGCUCUGUAACAUCUGUACAACUUCAGGAUCUUCUGCUCCUACCCAGCUCUGUGAAGAAUAUUGUAGAAUUUGAUUCUUCAUGCAUGUAAACAAUCAUUGGUACAAUGCACCAAAGCAGUAUAGUACUCUAAAGCCUUUUAAAUUUAUGGUUAUGAUCUGUCCCAUUUAUUUGAAUUUUAAGAUCAAAAUGAAGCACUAUGGAACUCCUACUUUGUUUAAAAAUAUCUUGUUCUAAACAACUGAGAAUAGAAGUCUUAGAUUUUUUUUUAAAUUUAUUUAUUUUUUUAAACACUUCUAGGGUAAAAGAUAUCUGAUAAGGUGAUAUGUCUAUUACUGUGAUACAAGAACUUUUAUUUUUUGAAGUUAUUAGCUUCUAAAAGAUUUUAAAGAUUCUAAAAUGUAAUGCUAUAAGAGAAAAUUAAAUUUCAUAUUUGAUUCUUUGGAAAAUGGCCACAUGUUAAAAUACCUAUUUCAAGAUUUAAUUAUAAUUUAUAUUUUCUUUUUAUAAUUACACAAUAAUUUAAAAAUACUGAGAUGUUUUUAAAGAUGAGAAAACUCCAGUUUCAGCAUUUGUUAUUAUAGGGUCCAUAAAAAUGCAUACUGAGUUAUUUGAAUUUUGCAUUUUGCAAAUAUGGCAGUCUAACAGUGACUGUAAAAUAUUAGAAUAUAUAUGUUUUAUUUUUUUGCACUUUAUAACAUCCAAAGGAGAUGUUUUGGAAUAAAGUGCACUCAGAUCUCUCUUCCUACAAGGUGCUGAGCACUGUUUUAUGGGCUGAAUGACUUGAAAUCCACCAUAUUUGGUGGUUGUGGUCAUAGUGAAGGAGAAUUCUGUACUUUGCAGGAGUGAAUCCCUGUAUAUUACCCACUGUUUUCAUUCCUUACUGUAAAAUGCAAAGCUCUUUCUAUCUUGCUUUUACAUUGUAUAUAACAAAUACUAGACCUGGGCACCUUGUGUAGUGUAGAUGUUAACAACUUAUGCACUGGGAAUACUAAAGGGAAAUUAUAUUGAACACUGUGCUUCACGACUUGUUCACUGUGGUGUUCUACAGUGAAGUAUUUCCUACUGUGAUAGUAUAGUAUGUACAUAACUGUUUGGAAUCAUAAAUGUGACUUAGAAAAACAUCAGCAUAAACUUUUAAAUCAGUAUAUUUUAUAAAUUUGUGGAGAGCUCUUUUAUAGCUUGUAUUCUCAAUGACUAGGGGUAACUUAAGUGCUAAACAUGACUCCAGUUUUGCAAAUACUUACGUGUGUAAGUUUCCACUGAAGUCAGAGAGGCUCCUUGUCAUAUGCCUAAAUUUGUGUGAUGGAAGACUAAUUGACUAGAGGAUUUUGUUAACAGCUGUCUCUAUCCUAAAGUAACCUUAAUCCAAACCCUAUGCAAAAAAAAAAGGUUAUAGAAAUUGUUUAUAUCGGUGGUUUUAUUUAUAGAAUUAUAUCAUAUAUCAGUAUUGACAAAUACAAUAAAUCCAUGUUUACAGGGAUUGUGUGUAUCAAAACAUGGCUUUGAAGCCCAACAUGUUUGUUCUGUGUUUCUUUAAUAUUAAUAAUGGCAUUCUGAGGUUUUGGAAUUGCUCAUGUGAAAUAGUUUACUACUUUCUUGAUGUGAAUGUCAACAGUAAUUGCAGCAUUAAUUUCAGGUUGAUGUGAAUAUUGAGAUUUGCACUGUUUAUGUAGAAGUAGUAUAUUUAAAGAUCAGUCUAUGUGCUAAUAACACAACCAGUUUUAAGUGGCCUAUGUUAAAGUAUUGAAAAAUAAUUGUCAGUGUAAUAUAUUCAGGUUUGCUUUCUGAAUGCUCUCUUUGGAAGUAAUCUCAAUAGUGAACAUGGCUCAUUUGUAAAAGAAUACUUUUUCUCUCCCAAAUAAACUUGCUGUAAAUACAACAAACAAUCCACCAUUAAUACUCAUUAUGCAGACAGUAUAAGUGAAUUGGGAGAUUGGAGAACAGGUUGUUUAUCAAGUUUGCACUUUGAGGAGUUUGUGGAACUUGUCUUCAGGAUGAGGACAACAAAAAGCAAUUUCAGUCUGAUUUCAUUUAAGUGUAAUAAACUGUUGGAUACCAGGUGGAUUUGGAAUAUUGUGACCCAGCUGAAAGAACUUAAACGUUAGGAACACAGGAUGUUAGGAAAUGUUGUUUCCCUGUUGGAAAAUUUAAGCUGUUUCUUGACGAACUGAUGAAACAACAAGAAUGUUUGCACAAGAUACUAAAUGCUAGAGAUAAUGGCUGUCUUGUCAAUCUUUUUUUCUGCACAGGUUUUGAGAGACUGUUGUGAGACAAAAAGUUAUUAGAAUACAUCAGUUGUAUCAAGGACAACUUUUAUAGCUGAAUAUUUCUGUGUCGUCUUUGUGCUCUCAUGGUAGUUGUUUAAUAAAAAUUGAAACCCAGGGUAAUUCUUUUGGGCAGGGCUAAGUACAUUUAGGUGUCACCUUGUAUUUGCUUUGAACCAGUUACCCAGGGUAGCUGAAAUGUUUGACUGCCUGCUGCCUCCAGAUGACAGAGCUCUCGAGGAAGUGGAUUUGACACUUCUGAAGUGUCUGAAUUUUUAGAUUAGCAUUACAUAAACAACUGCUGAUGUACAUACACAUUGAUACAUUGAAACCUGAGUUGCAAACUAGGCAGCUCAAGAUUAGGUUUACUUCUUGUUCUAAUGUCCCUGCAGGAGAGUAUUUACUCUCGGCAGAACAAUGUUUUAAUCUGUUGACCAGCCUGGAACUCAAGGUCAUAUAAAGACCCGUGGGCCAUGUUUUUCUUACUCAGACCACUGUUUCAAAUUUAAAGUGUACAAGUUAAUCUUCAUCAGUACUACAAAUACUUUAUAUUGUCUUGGUGAAGAGAUGCUACACUGUGAAUUAUGUGUAUACUCAGAUUAAGUUUUCUUCACAGUGCUGCUAUGCCUCAAUCAGCUUUAAUGUCUGGUAAUGAAUCUGUCUGCUGUCAGAAAUGCAGUGAUGUCAGUGCUGUUGUAGGCAGAUUUGUGUGAAAAGUCAAAUUUCUUAUGAGUAGAGAUUUCAGUUAGUGUGGGUUUUAAUCUAAUCUUCAAAGUACUCAGUAUCUGGUAAAGCCAUUUCUUUGUAAUACUUUUAGAAACACGAAUACUAGUAUAGCAGGUAAUUCUGCUAAAGGAUUUGGAGAAGUACAAAGAAGAGUACAUAACUUACAGUUCCUCUGGUUUAGUGAAAUUUCUAUACUUUGAGGAAAAGAAUCAGUGUACUUGGCAUAUGCAUUGUUUCCUGCUAUUAAAAAACCCCUAUUAAGUACUUCAUUAAACAGUUGGGGCAAGGGGGAUCAUGUACUGCAUCACAGAAUGGAUUGAGGCUUCAAGCUGGCUCUGCUGAUGGAGGUAUUUUCUCAGCCCUUUUCCGUGGCUACUUUUCUGAACAAAAAUAACAAUUCCUACACAGCUGUAUCCCUUCUCAGUCAUCUGAGAACAGAAUAAUUCUCAGCAGAAAAUGUCUUCAUUGGUUAUAAUGAAAUGUUGCACAAGCAUUUUAUCAUCUGUGCAUGUGUUGUCUGCAUGCAUGUAGAUACAUGCUCAAUUGCAUGUCUAGAUCUCAAUUUAAAGUAAUAUGCCUUGAUUAAGAGAGCUUGUAUUUUAAAAAUGGGUUCUGGGCUCACACAGAUUUGGAGGACCAGAUAAGGCUGCCACAGAAGAGGAAGAAGGUUGUAGGAAGUCAGAGGUGAGAAGCUUCUGGGCAGAUAUUUUCAGGGGUAAUUUUUCCCCUGGCUAUCUCCGUGUGCAUGUGUUAUUCACUGGCAAUGAAUUGCAAGCUUUCUUGCCAGUUAUCCAACAUAAACGUAUUUCCUACCUCUGCAGGUCCCUGAGUAUAUGUGUGUGUGUAGCUUUAUAACAUUUACUUCAUCAUAUUGAAUUUAUUUGUUAUGUCUCAGGUAUCAUUCCAGGUGUUUUUACUAAAUUAAUAGUCUUUAUUUCUUCCCCCAUAAGUGACAGUCUUUUUCAAAAUACUGUUUUUAAAUGGCAAAACAUGCUAUUGCCUUCCUUCUAUUGAGAUAGUUGACUGAAUAUUCUGGAUUGAGAGAGCAGAAUAUAACAUGGGUAUUUCAGCUGUAAAGGGAUAAAAGUGCUUUGAUCUUUGUUUGCUAGUGAGAAACACUUCUCAGUUUGGUCCUUUAAGCCCACAAGGCACUGGAUUCUCUGAAAGUAGAAGAAAUUUGGAGCUGUUCACUAGCUUUCAUCUGCCAUCACACAUUUUUUGUAUCACAUAUUAAAUAGAUUUUGAAUCUUCAGAACCACCUGUGUACAAAAGAAAACUCAGACUGAUUCCUGUAGUCUGCAGUAGAAAAUGAAGUUAUGCUUUCAAUUACACAGACUAACUGAAACAGUCUCUUGUUUGUGGUGCCCAGAAACUGCAUAAUGGAGAAAUGCAAGAGACCUGCAGUAAUGUAUAUUUCAAGAAAUCAUGUAUUUUGACAACCAUCAUGUUCUGUGUGACAGAAAUGGAAGACAGCAACUGGCUGGGAAACAUUUUUAAAUGUUUAAGCAGAGAUGUUAUGGGCUGGUCUGACUAAUACUUUAUUCAGUGGUAGAAAGGAAUCCAUAUUAUUCACAUGUAAAAUUGCUUUUAAAAAUUGGCAACCAAUCUAACUGUAUUCACAAGAAUCAUGCAGAAGUCUGCUAACUUCCUUUGAAAUGCCAAUAAUAAAGGAAAGAAAAACAGAACUCUUCUUUAUUGCUUCAGGAACUGCCAAAAAAACCUAACAGAUGAAACUGCAAAUUGAUUGCAAACUUCUUACAGCUUUCUUAAUACAAAGAUAUUUGUCAACAAAUCCAGCAUCAAAUCUUGAAAUUGGUCUCAUUUAUGUUCACCUGAUUUUCCCUAGUUGUUUUUUUAUUUUGUUAAAUGUGUAGUUGUCUUAGUAUGAUUAUGACCAAAAGUCUAUUUGCAUAAGCAGGAGAAAAAAAAAGGAUUUAGGAUUAGGCCAUGUGAAUAACCAAAAUAAAUCUGCUUGGAAAGGUAACCAUUUCAAAAUAUGCAUAUAUAUUAAUGGUAUUUGCUGAUAAAACUAUGUCUAGCCAAGUACAUUUUAUCUAAGUUAUGGGUGAGAUUUUGUGUGACAUUCAGCUAUGCUAAAAAAGCUUUCAAGUUUAAAGUCUUUGGAGUUUAGGAAAGUAAGAAGAAAGGGGAAAAUUUAAAGAUGAUGCUGCAGAGUGGGGACAAUGCUUGAAGUUUGUCCCUGAGUUACUCGAGGUGACUGCUUACAGAGGUAUCAUUGUAUGGUCUGCAGAAACUCACUCAAUAGUUCAUAUGCUUCUUUUCCUAUAAAAUUAAUAUACAGUGGAGAAGAAAAAUUCACAAAACCAGCAGAUACCUCAAAGCUUUUCUCAGGUGUCUCCUUAAUGAGUUCUCAUCCUUAGAGCAGAUAACUCUGCUGACCUUAGCAGUUACUUGUGUUGAAGCUACAGAUGCUUGAGAGAACAGGAUCCCACUCUCUGGCUCACUGUAGAGGGAUGCUACAAUUCAGAGCUCAAGGUGCUGUGUCCCUGCUGCUUUUAAGUUCAAGUGUUCAUACAAUUCUGCUUAGUAUGUAUCACCAUGUCAGCCCCAUUGGUAUGCAGCUGGGGCUGGUCAGUUCAAUUUUUUUGUGCUGUCAAAUUAAAGGAAGACUUGAGAUCUACUUCAGGACCAAAGUGAGAACAGGCUUUGAAUCUUAACAUGCAUCUGGAUUACAACUAUGAAUUAAAGUUUGGCAUUGGCUUUCAAUCUUGAUAGUCUUAAGAUGCUUCUGCAGCAAAUGUGGGUGCUUACAGAUGUCUUUACAGUAUUGAUCUCUCACCUGCAGAGAAAGAAACCUGCAAAAUUGUUUCUUGCCAGAUAAAAACUUUUGCUGGAGUCCUAGUAGAAGAAAUCAUCCCUAAUUUCUACCUUUACCUUUGAAGCUAUAAAGGCAAAAAAUGAAUUGGUGACAGAUUCUGACAGCUGGUUAUAAAGGAGCAGGCUGUGUUAAUUUGCAGUGAGAGGAACAGGGCGUUCUAUUUCAUGUGUCAGUGUGGGCAGGGAGUGGGGAGAGGGAAAGAAAUGGGAAGAAGGGAAUGCUGAGUGCUUUGCCUCGCUGUAUUUACAGGACAUUCUGGUUGCACACCAUUGCUUUUGAAGGACCAAUGAUUUCUAUAUUCAGUUAAAAUCUUUUUGAAUAAAAAAAGCCCACACAGAUUAACCUGACAACUUUUCUUCUUGGAAACAGUGCUGUUUUCAACUGGCAAAUACAGCAUUGUGGACAUUGGUUCCUUAUUUCCUUAAUGCUAGUUAUCAACAGAUUACAGUAGAAUUUUCUUUCUGACAAAUACACACCUCUCUCAGUUCUUUGUCAUGCCAACAUGCAAAACUUUGUGAUAGAAUUCUAUUAAAAAGCAGAGAAAAUUUUAUAAAAAAGAGAAUUAACUGAAUUGGGGUUUUUUUGCCCAACAUUCAGAAAGUAAAUGAGUAUUCUUGGAGUGGGUCCAGAGGAUUAUUUUGAAUUUGAUGGGAAAAGUACUAAAAGAAAGGAUAAUUUUGUGAAUAGAGUGGUGAAGAAAAUACAGGAAAGCUGUGCCCUAGAAGACUGCUCAGGACUUGUGGAACACUAGUGGAACCAGAUGUCAGGUGAAUGCUCCUGUCGCUAGAGCUGUUAAAGCCUAACCAUGCUUAUUGGAAGGAUAAGCCCAGCCUGUUGGCCAGUCCGGUCAGAGCCCAGGAUUUGUGCCAUGGCCUGUUCAAAGGCACAUGAUGAGCCCCAGGGGAGGCAUUCUUUGUUUAAGACUAUUUUGUACUAAUUCUGGAUCUGCUGAUUUUUUAAAGACUUCUCUCCAGUUAUUAACAUAAUUGAAACAUCUAAUUUAAAUGCAGGAUUUUUCAUUCUUUCCAAACAGAACAAAAAUAGUUGCUGAGCACUCCGUUAUCACCAGUGUUUUUCUUGCCUCUGGAUAUAAUGAACGGAUGAUGUUGCUGAGAUUAUUCGUUGUCAUAGUAUUCAUACUAAUCAAUAUUUUCUGUCAAUGUUUUAAGGUACCUACAGGUUUAGAAAUUUUCCGAAGUUGAAUGUAGCUUUCGACUCCCUCUGGUGGUCUGGCAAUGGAGCUGGCAAAUAGUUUCUCUAUCACUGACUGCAAACGUUUGAAUGCAGUAUGACAUUGUAUUUUAUUUUUACCCUUAAAAUAGGAAUAGUCAGAAAUGAUACAUGGCUGAGUUUCUGUUUUGAAAAGUAGAGGCCUAAUAACAUGCAAAAUCGUUGUAUCUUUCUAAAACCAUAUAAUUACUAUUUUUAAAAAAUCCAUAAUACUAUUCUGGAUGCUGUUUUCGUAAGUCAAAAGAAUAGGAAAAUAUCUUUGCCUCUGAGGUUCAAUUUACUUAGGAAGAUUUUCUUUUAUGAGUUUAAGCUAGAGAUUAAACUACAAUCUGGAUCACAACUAGAAUUUAGCUGAACUGUGUCUGUAAGUUUUGUUAUUGUGCACAGACAGUGCGGGGUCCCUCUUCAUCUAUUUCCCUACAAGCAGUGUUGGACACCAGUUUGAAACAGAGCAGGAAAGAGGGUUACCAUGAGAGUAGCACAAUGAAAGACUCAUUAUUAGACCCUAACCUGGCUUUUCCCUGAACUUAAAAGUAGCCAAAGCACUUAUGUAAAAUCCUUAGAUCUUUGAACAAGACUGAAAUGUUUUACACUGGCUCAAUAAAAAUGAGAAACAGCAA